AUGGCGUUAUUAACUAUACUAACGAUCUGCUUUGUGAUUAUUCUUGCUACUUCCCAGUCUUGCCAGAUGCCUGAUGACUUUGUGGCUGCCACUUCUCCAGGACAUAUCAUGAUUGGAGGUUUGUUUGCCAUUCAUGAAAAGAUGUUGUCCUCAGAAGACCAUCCCAGACGACCACAGACCCAGAAGUGUGUUGGCUUUGAAAUAUCAGUCUUUCUUCAAAGUCUUGCCAUGAUUCACAGCAUUGAAAUGAUCAAUAAUUCCACACUGUUAUCUGGAAUCAAACUGGGGUAUGAAAUCUAUGACAGUUGUACAGAAGUCCCAGUAGCAAUGGCAGCUGCUCUGAGGUUUCUUUUUAAAUUCAACUGCUCCAAAGAAACUGUGGAGGUGAAGUGUGACUAUUCCAGCUACAAUCCAAGGGUUAAGGCCAUCAUAGGUGCUGGCUAUUCAGAAAUAACCAUGGCUGUAUCCAGGCUGUUGAACUUACAGCUCAUUCCACAGGUUAGUUAUGAAUCAACUGCAGAAAUCCUAAGUGACAAAAUUCGCUUUCCUUCAUUUUUACGGACUGUGCCCAGUGACUUCUAUCAAACUAAAGCAAUGGCCCACCUAAUUCAGAAAUCUGGAUGGAACUGGAUUGGUGUCAUAACCACAGAUGAUGACUAUGGACGAUUGGCCCUCAACACCUUUACAAAUCAGGUUGCAGCAAAUAAUGUGUGCAUAGCCUUCAAAGAGGUUCUCCCAGCCUUCCUCUCAGAUAACACCAUAGAAGUCAGGAUCAAUCAGACAUUUGAGAAAAUCAUUGCAGAAACCCAAGUUAAUGUCAUUGUGCUGUUUUUGAGGCAAUUCCAUGUGUUUGAUCUCUUCAAUAAGGCCAUUGAAAGGAAUAUAAACAAGAUCUGGAUUGCAAGCGAUAAUUGGUCAACUGCCACCAAGAUUAUCAGUAUCCCUAACAUUAAAAAGAUUGGCAAAAUUGUAGGAUUUACCUUUAGAAGAGGGAAUAUGUCCUCUUUCCAUUCCUUUCUUCAAAAUCUUCAUAUGUUUCCCAGUGACAAUAACAAACCCUUACAUGAAUACACCAUGCUUUUGUGUGCCUGUGCCUAUGUCAAGGAUAGUGAUUUGAGUCAAUGUAUUCUUAACCAUUCUCAGGGGACUUUGGCAUGCAAGCCCAACAAGACUGUAGAAAAGAACUUCAUGCGAAAAGACUUCCUCUGGCAAUAUACUGAGCCAGGACUUAUUCAUAGUAUUCAACUUGCAGUGUUUGCCCUUGGUUAUGCCAUUCGGGAUCUGUGCCAUGCUCGAGACUGUCAGAACCCCGAUGCCUUUCAACCAUGGGAGUUACUUGAUGUACUGAAAAAUGUGACAUUCACUGAUGGAAGGAAUUCAUUUCAUUUUGAUGCUCGUGGGGACUUGAAUACCGGAUAUGAUGUUGUGCUCUGGAAGGAAAUCAGUGGCCAUAUGGCUAUUGCAAAGAUGGCUGAAUAUGACUUGCAGAAUGAUGUCUUCAUUGUCACAAACCAAGAAACAAAAAAUGAGCUCAGGAAUCUUAAGCAAAUUCAGUCUAAAUGCUCCAAGGAAUGCAGUCCUGGACAAAUGAAGAAAACUACAAGAAGUCAACAUAUCUGUUGUUACGAAUGUGUGAAUUGUCCUGAAAAUCACUACAGUAACCAGACAGAUAUGGAUCGCUGCCUUUUAUGCAACAACGAAACUCACUGGGCCCCUGUAAGAAGCACUGUGUGCUUUGAGAAGGAAGUAGAGUAUCUCAGCUGGAGUGACACCUUGGCUAUCCUGCUCCUGGCUGUCUCCUUACUAGGAAUCGUGUUUGUUCUGGCCAUUGGCAUAAUAUUUACAAGAAACCUGGACACACCUGUUGUGAAAUCAUCUGGGGGACUGAUGGUCUGUUAUGUGAUCCUCCUCUGUCAUUUGCUCAUCUUUGCCAGCACAGGCUUUUUCAUUGGAGAACCACAAGACUUCACAUGUAAAACCAGGCAGACACUAUUUGGGGUGAGCUUUACUCUCUGUGUCUCCUGUAUUUUGAUGAAGUCACUGAAAAUUUUACUAGCCUUCAGCUUUGAUCCCAAGUUCCAGAAUUUCCUGAAGGGCCUCUACAAACCUAUUCCCAUUGUCCUCAUUUGCACGGGCAUACAGGUUAUCAUUUGCACGCUCUGGCUGGUCUUUGCAGCACCUGCUGUGGAGGCAAAUGUCUCAUUGCCCAGAGUCAUUAUUCUGGAAUGUGAGGAGGGAUCCAUACUUGCAUUUGGCACCAUGCUGGGCUAUAUUGCCAUCCUGGCCUUCAUUUGCUUCAUAUUUGCUUUCAAAGGCAGGAAAUUACCUGAGAAUUACAACGAAGCCAAAUUCAUAACAUUUGGCAUGCUCAUUUACUUCAUAGCUUGGGUCACAUUCAUUCCCAUCUAUGCUACCACAUUUGGCAAAUAUUUGCCAGCUGUGGAGAUUAUCGUUAUUUUAAUAUCUAACUAUGGGAUCCUGUGCUGCACAUUCUUCCCCAAAUGCUAUGUUAUUCUUUGUAAGCAAGAGACUAACACAAAGUCUGCAUUUCUCAAGACCAUUUACAGUUAUUCUUCCCAUUCUGCAGGCAGCCUUGCCAUGAGUCACCUUUCACUGAACUCCACUAACAGCAAUGUUGCAAUGACCAAUCCCAGCUCUAGUGGCAAGUCUGCAGCCUGGAAGAAAAGCAAAGAGCAUCAAGCAAAAGCAUUUGCACAGAUAAACAGAGAAAAUGUUACAAAUAUGUAUAAAAGUUUGCCUCGAAAAAGAAUUUCAAGUAUAUGA